UUUAAAAAGUAAUGCUUGUUGGUUCUGAUAGGCCCUGAGGAAAGCAGAAGUGUUUGAGAAAAAUGUUAAAGAACUUCAAGAAAUUAUCAGUAAUCGGAAACGAUCUGAAAGUGACAAGGAAAUGGUGAAGAAGAUCGUAGAGCUAACUGAGGAAAUUUCUCAGUCAAGCAUCGCUUACUGGAAGAAAGAAGAACUGAGAACUAACUUGAAGAACAUGAAGAAACAACUUGAUGACAUGGACCGAGCUAACAAGGCUGCUGUUGUGCAGGAGGUAAUUGAACAAGCCAAACAGUUGUUGGAAGGUAAUUCCCAUGAGAAGUUUAUUGUACAUGCAUUUGAAGCUGGUUCUAAUGCAAAGGCACUAGAUGGAGCUCUCAAGCAGGUUAAGUCCCUGUGUCCACGAACUGCUGCUAUGUUCUUCAGUACUGAUAAUGGAAAAGUGUUAUGUCUAAGUUCUGUUCCCAAGGAAGCAGUGUCUAAAGGAUUAAAAGCCAAUGAAUGGGUGCGAGAAAUAUCGAGGGUGAUUGAUGGGAAAGGAGGGGGAAAAGAAGAGGCAGCUCAGGCCACAGGAACCAGAGUUUCGUCUCUAAACGAGGCCAUGACACUUGCUAAGGAGUUCGCAGAACUGAAGCUGACUCAGUGAUAGUGUGGAGAAAAUAACACUGGACCAAGACAGCUCGGUUACAAGAAACUUUCCUAAGUUGUAGAAAUAUCUCUUCAAAGCAACCAGUAAUUUAAGUUUGUAUCUUCAGGAAAGUGAAAUUAAGUUAUGAAAUAAACGUUUUAUAUCAAAUC